AGACACCUUAUCCGUUUUAUUCAUUAAUUCAGUUUAUUCACUAUAGUUUAAAAAAAAUGGUAAUAAAAUAUGACAAAAUCUGAGUUAAACUAUGUCAGAAAAAAUUAAUCUUAAUAAUGUCAGAUAACACUUAAGCAAAACAUGGUCAGGUCAAAGUGUCUGAAUAAUAUUUGGUUCCAAAUUUUUAUCAAUUUUACUGGUAGUCCACUGUAUGAAGAAUUUUUGUUUUGACUAUAUAUAUAUAUAUAUAUAUAUAUAAUUUUGUUUGUUUGUUUGUUUGUUUGUUUACACAGUACUGCCCCUUAUACCAGCAUCCAACCACACCCCACCCCCCCACCGCCAUUUUCUGUUAAUAUUACCUCAUUUUUACAGUCUUUAAAAGUGACAAGCUGCAGGCCAUAUUACUACAACACACUGACAUUAUACUAAGUGCAGGUAUAGAGCAUAAGCGUUUCCCACAGGGACAGAUGAGUCACAUCAUGAUCAUAUUCCUUCCUUUUCUCCCACUUCUUUCCUGUUUAUCUCUACUGUCCUAUACAUUAAAAACAUAUACCAAAAAAAACCUAUACAAAAAAAAAACCCAUAAAAAACAGGCAUUCUUUCUAUAUCUCUCCCUCACACACAUACUAUAUACAUUAUCAUACCAGUAUCUAUCAAUAAACCAACAAGUUUCAAGACUUCAGAUUCACUGUAGGAACUUUAGCUGGAAAAAAAUAGUUGUAUGACCCGUUGGCAACACUUUUUUUGAGGUACAGUAUCAGUUUCAGCAUGUUUCAUGUUUCUGAGAGAUGUAGUCUCCUGUCCCUCCCUUCUCAUCUCAGUCUGAGCUCAAAUCAAAAUGGCACUGUCUGUCCUCUGUAUUCUCAUGAGUACACUUUUCUACAAAGUAAAUUGCCUAACCUGCUAUCAGUGCAUUCCUGAGACAUCAACUAAAUGCACUGAAACUAAAGUGGAGUGUCCUGUGGGUCAGUGUGGGACCAUGAAAACCACAUCUUACACAGGAAACAACAAAUUGGCUGACAUGGUUAUGAAGAACUGCUCUGUAGCUCGACAAUGCGGGACUGCCUCUGUAAACUUUGGAAUUACACAAAUAGUCAUAAACAAUCAGUGCUGCGGCACUAACCUGUGCAAUAAUAACCAAAGCGAACCAGAACCACCCAAAAGUAUCCCAAAUGGAAUGGAUUGCUACACCUGCAAUGGAGAAGACUGCUCAUCAACUUUACCCUGUGCUAACGAUGAAGAUCAUUGCAUCAAGGCAACAGUCAGUACUGAUGGACAGACGCUGAUAAUGAAAGGAUGUGCAACCAUAAGUUUCUGUAGGGGUGACCUGUCCACCCAGAUCGGCCAGUCCAGUACAUCAAUGGUGGACCUGAACUGCUGUGAAGGACAUCUCUGUAACAGCGCUCAAACCGUCACUCCGAGCCGCUGGUUUCAGCUGGGGCUUCUGAUGUAUGCCAUCAUACAGACAUCAUUUUGA